CUUUUCAACGUUGAGGCUCCAGUGAUAUACAUCCCAAGAUGGGAGCCUACAAGUAUAUGCAGGAGUUAUACAGGAAGAAACAGAGUGAUGUUUUGCGCUUCCUGCUGCGUAUUCGCUCCUGGCAGUAUCGCCAGCUGUCAUCUGUUCACAGAGCGCCCCGCCCAUCUCGGCCAGACAAGGCAAGGCGCUUGGGAUAUCGUGCUAAGCAAGGAUAUGUAAUCUACCGUGUGCGAGUCCGCCGUGGUGGCCGCAAGCGACCAGUUCCAAAGGGUGCUACUUAUGGUAAACCCGUGAACCAGGGAGUCAACCAGUUGAAGUUCCAGAGGUCUCACCGCUCAGUGGCUGAGGAACGUGUUGGUCGCAAAUGCCAGGGUCUGCGGGUCCUUAGCUCCUACUGGGUCGCUCAGGAUUCCACCUACAAAUUUUACGAGGUCGUCUUAGUGGACCCCUUCCACAAGGCCAUAAGACGAGACCCCAAGAUCAACUGGCUGUGUAAGCCUGUACACAAACACCGCGAGCUGCGUGGCCUUACCUCUGCCGGCAAGAGCUCCCGUGGUCUUGGCAAGGGACACGGUUUCAAUCAUACAAUCGGUGGUUCACGUCGUGCCAACUGGAAGCGCAAUAAUACCGUGCAAAUGAGAAGGAAGCGCUAAAACUAAAGGACAAGAACAUCGUGAAUUUUUUUUGUCCCUGGCUGCUUGGUAUAUAUUGUUCAAUACAACCUUGUCUAGACCGGGAAACUGGAA